CCGGAAGGCCGACAUUACACGGCCUCAGGGAGCAGCGGCACAUUAGUUCAGCGAUUUGUGUUUCUGGACUUAGCUUCCACGAAACGAUUUCGCCAUGCACUGAGAAUUCUUUAUCUGUCUCAAUCCGUAGACGUUUGACGUUCCGGAGCGCAAGGCAGCAAGUGAGCUGGGCACUUAUAUUUGGAGCGGCCCUGAAGGUCGCAUCAAGCCACAGCCUAUUCCAGUCCUAUUCGCACCUUUUCGGCGUCCAACGCGGGCUUCGGGCAAGCAGGUCGUCGGGAGCUCUGCUAUACACACACACAGAUAACGAUGUCCACACUCAUUCUAGACGGCGAUGCCGCUGUGGCAAACUCGGAGGUCUUGCUGCAGAAGGUCAUAGUGGUCACCGUCGCGAGUGGCUUGCACGUCUUCCGAUCGCUAGAAAGCAUCAAGACAAGUCUGUCGGAUGCCCUCAGAAGCGGGCAGGGCGCGGAAAGCGCAGACUCGGCAGGCCCGAGCGCAACCGCUGAAGUCGGAGGGCCCGCAGCAGGCCUGCUCUUGAAUCGAGAUAGAGCAGCAGCGCAUUCCAACCGACGAAGCAUGGACUAUCACGAUGGAGGAAGCGACCGCGACUUCACCCACCUUCGUCCGGUGUCCGCGACGGAUGACAUGUGCAUGGCAUCUUCCGGUUCCAGUGCGGACACUUGGGAGACGAUGGCGGCACAGCACGCAUGCUUUUCCGAAUGUCGCGAGAUGUCGCGGUCUCUGCCAAGCGCUGGCACGCUGGGUCAGAGCACUUUCGCACCGACUGGUCCGCUGGCAUGGCUCGCGAGCGUGCCCUCCUUCCUUGCCGCUUCGGCAGCCGGCGAGCUGCAGCAUCACCACCACCAGCCGUGGUUCGAGAUUUCGCCAUCAUCUCGCCACUCUACUGCGCAAGCGCACGCGGCCUCGACGAGCGCUAGCCAGGCGCAGCUGACGGGGCAUCGCCGCCAGGUCACUAAGGGGACGAGCAGCGGCCGGAGCCGCGGCAACGGCAAGCAGCAGCAGCAGGAGUCAUACGCUGGCCCUGCCUCCGCCUUUGCCUCCGCAACCUGCACCGCAGCCUGCUCCUCCUCCGCCACCGCCGUCGCGGCCAGCAACUUUGCAGCGCCUGGCUGGCUGCAGGCUGCGACGGUGGCUGCGGGUGCGGCCUCGCGCACCCUGGCGCAGGUGGCCAUCCACCCCCUGGACACAGUCAAGACCCGAAUGCAGGUGUCCAUCCCCGCGUCGCAGCUGCAGGUGUGGCGCGCCGUCAUGUCCUGCGCUGCCACCCGCCGCGCCGCGCUGGUGGCCUGGGCUGGCCCCGCCGGCGCGCGCGACCUCUUCCUCGGCCUCUCGGGCGCCGUGGGCGGCACGCUGCCCUCAGCCGCGCUGUUCUUCGCAACAGAGGCCGCGGCGCGACCUGCCCUGGCGGGGCUGCUGGGCUGCGAGGCAGACGCGGCGCCGGCGCGGCUGCUGGCGUCGGCGGCGGCCGCCGCGGCGUCGGCUCUGAUCCGUGUGCCGGCGGAUGUGCUGAAGCACCGCGUGCAGGCGUACGUGUACCCCAGCGUCACUGCGGCCGCGCGCGACAUCGUGUCCCGCCGCGGCCUGGCGGGGCUGUAUGCGGGCUUUGGCGCCACGCUGCUCCGCGACGCGCCCGAGCUGGUGAUCCAGUUUACCGCCUACACACAGCUCAAGGCCCUGCUGCACAAGGCCGCUAACGCCAACAAGAACAACAGCGCCAACCAAAACACCAAAAAUAUCAGCAGCAGCACUAGCAGUAGCAGCGGGCAGCAGCAGCAGCAGCAGCAGGUGGGCGGUUCCGCCGCCACCGCCGCGGCCAUGGUGGAGCACCUGGCAGUGGGCGGCGCCGCCGGCGCGGCGGCGGCGCUAGCCACCACGCCACUAGACGUGAUCAAAACGCAGCUGCAGUGCGGCGGCGCCAGCACUGUGGGAGGCGCUGUAGCGAACGUGCUGCGGGCCAGCGGCGGCAGCCCGGCGGCGCUGUUUGCAGGGCUGGGGCCGCGGCUGCUGCAGACCACUCUGUGCUCGGCGCUGUUUUUCACAUGCUACGAGGCGAGCAAGGUACGGCUGGGGGAGCUGGCGGCGGCGCAGCGCGCGCAGCAGGCGCAGGCGCUGCAGGCUGCGCAGCAGGAGGCGGAGAGGGCGGUGGUGGUCGCGGCGGUGGCGCAGCAGCAGCAGGGCGGCGGUGGGCGGUUCUGGCGGCGGCGGCGGCACACCGGCAGCAGCAGCGGCAGCGGGUCAGAUCUGUGGGAGGCGCGUGCUGAGCUGCAUGACGCUUAAGCCCACGGCCGCGGAGCUUGUCGCACCGAGCUUAUAUCUUACCAUGAAUCCUGAGAAGAAUAUCUGGCAACUGAGUUAAUCUGACAAACCUGCUGACGAUUGCGUAAAUAGGAGUGCUGCGGCCGGCUGUGAUUGGGCCGGCCGUGAGCAAUGCACGGCGGUGAUACCGGACUGUGCGUGCUUGAGACUGUAAGGCUGACUGCAGUGGAAGGGGCGGUGCACAUUGGGUGUCUGUAAGUAUCGAUUGCGUUUAGCUGCGCAGGGACGUAGACAAGGCGUAGGGAAGGUAGCAGGGCUGGAACAUGGGGGUCCUGAACGAAGGGCCAGUAGCGAAGUAGGUUGGCGCUUAUGGGAAGUACACACGUAGUUUGCACGGUAGUGAGCCGGGGAUUGCGCUUUCAUAGGUGAUGCUGAUUUGCAACAUGUUUUGGGGGGCAUACGGCAGGAUUAGUAGCUGCAGCUGUGCGUUAGAUUUAUCUUGGCUUAUAGGGCGGCGUUUCCUUUGGUGGGCACGUGAACUCUUCGUUGCGCAUGCAUUUCGUCGUGCGGGGCCGUGCUCUCUACCCUGAGAAGAUAAACCACCAUCCAGGGGGCCGGCCUCGUAUCGGUAAUUCUCUUGCACGUUUGCGUGCUGUUCACUGGCAGCGGUCAUUUGCGUAGCGUAGUUUCGCUGUGUUUGUACUAUUACAGGUUUGGUGGUCCGGGACAGGCAUUUCCCUCGUAGGGAGCGUAAGAAGUACCGGACCCCCCUGGCAAUGCUGAAGCGGACGAGUUUGCAUGCAGUAGUUACCUCUUCUUCAUCUGUGGCUGCAUGUGGUUUGGUUGCAAGAUAGAUUACCAUGACUUCAGCUUGACAUCCUUUGCGGCAGGUACCCUGGCCGCUGCCUCACAACACUAGCUCCGGUUGUCCUGCAACCUGUCACACACCUCGCCCUCCCUCGGCUGCUUUACCCACAUUGGAGCAGGCUGAUGGGGCGUGUGUGCGUGUCGGGCUUGCGCAACGGAGCUAGGGCGGACAUGGGUGCCUGGCCGGCUUUGCGUUACCCUCACUAGGGCACCAACUCAGUUGACAUGAGGAGACCUUGACGGUCUGACCCGUGUCCGGAGUGGGUGCGCGCAACCGCAUCACAUCACGCGUCGAAGGAGGGGGCUAGCUAGCUGUUCGUAUGGUGGUUGCCGCGCUGUCACUCGGUACAGUGACGUGCAGCACCAUAUCGAUAUGUUGACAAGAUGCACUCAUGCAUAGCUAAUGAUGGUGCAUUGUCCCUGACAAUGUGCGGGAUGUCAAACACACUUUUGACCAGUGACCUGUGUACCGUAAUAUAUGCAUAAGAUGGGUGACAUUUGUGUGUGUGUUCGGGGGUUGUGGGCAUGUAACUUGACGGUGCC